CUCUCUCUUCUCUUCUCUCCUUGUUCUCCUCUUCGAUUCCUUGAAGCUACACCUGACUCUUUUCCAAUUCUCUCCCAUCCAACCACCGGCAUAUCCUGUCGCUCCGCCCGUCUCCCGUAUCACCAUCUCGUUAAGCCAUCAUGAGAGGCGAGAUUUGCCACAUCCACAUUGGCCAGGCUGGUACGCAGCUUGGUAACAGCGCUUGGGAGUUAUACCUUCUGGAGCAUGGCCUCAAGGCUGAUGGCCGUAUCGACCCCGAGGCGUCCGAGGAACUCAACUCGGGCGGUUCGUUCGAGACCUUUUUUACUGAGACCAGCAACGGCAAAUACGUCCCCCGUUCCAUCUUCGUGGACCUCGACCCAUCGCCUAUUGAUGAGAUCCGUACCGGUGCCUACCGCCAGCUCUUCCACCCUGAACUGUUGAUAAGCGGAAAGGAAGACGCAGCAAACAACUAUGCUCGUGGCCACUAUACCAUCGGAAAGGAGCUUGUGGACAGUGUCGUUGAUCGCGUCCGCCGGGUGGCCGACAACUGUUCCUCUCUGCAGGGUUUCUUGGUCUUCCACUCGUUCGGUGGUGGUACCGGUUCUGGUUUCGGUGCUCUAUUGCUGGAGCGCCUCUCCACCGACUACGGCAAGAAGGCCAAGCUAGAGUUCGCCGUUUACCCUUCCCCCCGUGUCUCGACUGCUGUUGUUGAGCCCUAUAACGCUGUGCUGUCUACCCACAGCACUAUUGAGAAUGCCGACUGCACAUUCCUUGUUGACAACGAGGCAGUUUAUGACAUCUGCCGUCGCAACCUGGACAUCCCCCGCCCGAGCUAUGAGCAUCUGAACCGUCUGAUUGCUCAGGUUGUCAGCUCCAUCACCUCCAGUCUGCGUUUCGAUGGUGCCCUCAACGUCGACUUGACUGAAUUCCAGACCAACUUGGUGCCCUUCCCUCGUAUCCACUACCCGUUGAUCUCCUAUGCCCCCGUUGUGUCCAGCAACCGCAGCUCUCAUGAGAGCUUCAAGGUGCAGGAUCUCACCUUCCAGUGCUUCGAGCCCAACAACCAGAUGGUUGUCUGCGAUCCUCGGAACGGAAAGUACAUGGCUGUGGCUUUGCUGUACCGCGGUGAUGUUGUGCCCCGUGACUGCACUCAGGCCAUCGCCUCCGUCAAGGCCAAGGCUUCCUUCAACCUGGUCGAAUGGUGCCCCACCGGAUUCAAGCUGGGUAUUAACUACCAGAAGCCCGUGCGCGUUCCCAACAGUGAACUCGCCCCCGUCGAUCGCUCCGUCAGCAUGUUGUCAAACACCACUUCCAUCGCCGAGGCCUGGGGCCGUCUCGACCACAAGUUCGACCUCAUGUACUCGAAACGCGCCUUCGUCCACUGGUAUGUCGGCGAGGGUAUGGAGGAGGGAGAGUUCUCCGAGGCCCGUGAGGACCUCGCGGCCCUGGAGAAGGAUUACGAGGAGGUUGCCAACGAUGGCGAGCCAUUGGAGGAGGAAGAGCCUGAAUACUAAUCGACUUGCAACUAGGCGCCCGCUCUGCUUGUCGGUUUGAUUCUUGGCUUGUCUACUUUGUGCCAAUAUUGUAUCUCGUCCUUGUGCUUGCGACACCCCCUUCUGUUUUCUUGUUUCCCUAGCGUUCGUUCCAUUUCCCACUCUUGUCCGGUAGCCAGUCGGUAGAAUAUGGCGCGUAAAAUACGAAUA